UGCGAGAGAGAGCGGGUGAGUGAGCGAGAGGCAGAGAGAUAAAAAGAGAGAGAGGGGGAUUAGCAAAGAGGGAGGGUGCUUCACCACUGUUGACUUGUCUGGUCCUAGCGGCAGUGUCACUGCUCCUUUGAGCUUUUGGCAGUAGAGGUACCUCCACUCACCCGCUCCACACACACACUCGCCAGUGACAAUCUGCGACUGAAUCUCAACUUCAGUGAACUGCUGCAACAGGAUGAGUGCUUAUCCGCCUUUCCUCUGGUGGUUUUAAGAGCUGAUCUGAAAGUUUUUCUCCCCGUCUCUCUAGGACCAAUUUUAACUCAAAAUAAAAGGGUCUUUUUUUCCAACAUCUGCUGCUCAGCUCUGUGGAACAUUACAGAUAUAUUUGCUGCAGCGCUCCAAAGCUACUGUACAAACAAGUUGGACGUGGAGGUUUUGAAGGAUGACUGAAUGAACAGUGACAAGGGAUCAUUGAUGCUGUUGUUCAAGAUUUGGAGAUAUGGUGGUAUAAAAUGCAAGCUGAAAUGCAUAAUCUUCAUGGUAUCUCAAUCGGUUCUAGAAAGCAUUUCGAUGUCCCUAACUAUGUGUCUCUUUGCUGAUGCUUGCUUCUGAAAGAUUGCAUGCCUUGAUUUGUGGCAUAUUUGAGUCCUCAAAAAUGGCAAAUCUGACCAACAGCACUGUUUCCAAUCUAACCAACAAUGGGACACAAAACAGUGAACUAGAUCCAGGAUUCAGCUCAUUAGUGGUGGUUGUCAUGGUGAUCAUCAUCACGACUAUAGUUGUAGGUAACCUUCUGGUCAUCAUCGCAAUAGCCCGCACCUCCCAGCUGCAAACUACAACGAACAUCUUCAUCAUGUCGUUGGCAUGUGCUGACCUCAUCAUGGGAGUGCUGGUGGUGCCACUGGGCGCCACAAUAGUUGUACAUGGCAGCUGGCAACUGAGUAAAACUUUGUGUGAGUUAUGGACAUCAGUCGAUGUGCUAUGUGUGACUGCCAGUAUAGAGACCCUUUGCAUUAUUGCGGUGGAUCGGUAUAUCGCAAUCACCCGUCCACUGCGGCACAAAGUGCUUCUGAAUAAGUGCAGGGCUCGAAUUAUUGUCUUCGUUGUGUGGGUGGUCUCUGCUCUAAUCUCCUUCGUCCCCAUUAUGGACAAGAAAUGGCAAUUAGAUGACGCGAAAGCAGAAGAGUGCUCCGGUGACCCUAACUGCUGUGAUUUUGUAACAAACAUGUCCUAUGCUAUUACAUCUUCAGUUGUUUCAUUCUACAUCCCGCUACUCAUUAUGAUUUUCGUCUAUGCUCGGGUCUUUCUCAUUGCCACACGACAGGUACAGUUGAUUGACAAGAACCGUUUGAGGUUCCAAAACGAAUGCAUGGGCAAUCAGGUACAACCACCAAUCCAUGGCAACAACAACUUCCCUUCAACGUGCAAUAACGUUGGAGGUUCAACGUCAAGGCGGAAAAGUUCUCGCAGACGACCCUCGAGAUUAACUGUUAUCAAGGAGCACAAGGCCCUAAAGACACUGGGGAUCAUCAUGGGCAUCUUCACCCUAUGCUGGUUGCCUUUCUUUGUGGCAAACAUCAUCAAUGUCUUCAAUCGAGAUAUGCCACGUAAGGACAUUUUUCGAUUAUUAAACUGGUUAGGCUACAUCAAUUCUGGCCUCAACCCCAUCAUCUACUGUCGAAGCCCAGAGUUCCGUGCGGCCUUCAAGCAUCUUCUUGGCUGUCCCUGGAUUCCAUCACUAAGAAUGAACUUCCUCUACAAGGAGCUUCGGACUCGAUGUCCUUGUUUUCUGGGAUCUGCAGAGCCAGGAUUGCCAGGACCUUUCCAGAAGCCACGCACAUUGGCAGGGACAAUACCUGGGGAGGGAAGUGUUGGGAGCAGCCAGAGCAGCUACAGGAGCGAGGAGCUGUCACCGGGACCCCCGCAUUCCAACGGCAGCACAAACUUCAGCGAAUACUCUGAGCCCGAGACUGAAUUGGGAAAAAGUGAGAGAGAGGAGAGCAAGAGAAAGAAUGAGAAAAAAAGUGCAGACAGAAUAAGCAAUGAGCUGUAACCUGCAGUACCAGGAUGGCUAAGAGCCUCUGGCAUGGCUGAAAGAGAGGAAUGCUGAGGAAGAAAUGGAGAAAGGACUGACCGAAGUCACAUUUGGCUGACCUUCCCCAGCAGAGACCACAAGGCCCUACUAAAUAUCCAUAAAGCCAUCAGGGGAACCUCCUCUGUAAAUACUCUUUCUGAAGAUAAAGAAGACAGACAGACAGACAGAAGAGUAUAAAGCCAUACUGACAAGUUCUGUGAGAACAGCCUGUCGAUGGAGAGAGCGACAGAACUGGUACUGCUUACAGACGAGUGUAAUGGAGCGAUCCACUUCAAGCCGGUACUGCUUAUGUUCUGUUAAGGAGAGGAGUACUGGAGCGAUCCACUUUAAGCCAGUACUGCUUACGUUCUGUUAAAGAGAGGAGUACUGGAGCGAUCCACUUCAGUCUGGUUUAGUCCAGUUUAUAUGACAAACAAUGAAUCAAUGCCAUGUUAUUAGUAAGGACUUUAAAAGCUUCUUCACACACCUGGACACAAUAACUCUGAAUAGACUUUCCAAGCUGAACUUUUUUUUUUUCUUUUCGAUUUUGUACAAUAUCAUAAAUUAUUUUCUAUUUAUUUUACUCCCCACAUUGUAGCUGUGAAUGUGUAAAAUGCUUACCACAUUAAUAUAUGUACAGUAUGUGUUGUACAGGUCAAAGGAAGAAGUAAAAGUUCACCCAAAAAUAAACUUGUCAUAAUUUACUCACCCUCAUGUCAUUACAAACCUGUAUGACUUUCUUUCUUAAGCAGAACACAAAAGGAAAAAAUGUAAAGAAUACUCUGGUCCAUCUUUUCAUAACAAUAGAAGUGGAUAUUGCCUCACUUUAAAGGUUAAAAGAAGACAUACGCAGAGUUGGGCAGAAUACUAAAUACACUCUCUUAAAUAUAAUGAGUAACAUUUUCUGUUACAUCAUGUAAAAAAGUAACAUUCAGACUACUUUUAGAAUCCUUCUAGAAAAUAUAUUUAUACAGGGAAGGCACAAAGGGAACAAUUAUGUGUAAUAUGUUGAUAUUAUUUAAUCUGAACCGUUAUACCCCUACUUUUACAGACUGAUCUCACGAUGAAAUCGGAAACAGUAGGUUGACAUUCCUUAGCUAAAAUCGGUCUGCGCUUACUUAAAAUUCAAACACUGCCCCCAGUGACCAAAGCGGUAAGUGUUGUUGGGCAUCUGGGCACAUUUUCCGGGUGUAAUGUCCACAGAGGGGUGCCAAAAGUGAGUUGUGAAGCGAGUUAUUUUCAGUUGUGCAUGCUGUAAUACAAUGAAGAGGAAUGCAUAUAAUAUCAACUGAAACCCCAAACCUAAACCUGACCAUCAGUGGAGUAAAAAUGUAAUGUUAAAGGGGAAAAAUGCAACUACAAAUUGUGCUCAUUAUUGAUUAUGCGAACGUGAUUACAUCCUGGUUUCAAUGCUGGAACCAAAUCCAGGUCUCCCACACUGCUAACACAACUUGCUUCCGGUCGCUCCACAAGGGAAGAUAAGCAUGUUGGAGCCGAUGCAAAAAUGUCUAAUAGAAGAUGCCGCAUGUUGGUGAGUCGGCAUUAUGUGGCCAAUCCAAGGAUACUGGAACUCUUAGAAACAACAUGCCGACUUCCCGUGUGAUUAUGUUGACGUUUAACAUCCAAGUGAAUCUUGAUAGCUAGCCAGCUAUUUGGCUGCAGAUUUUAUUAACUUAUCACUAUAGCACUUUUUUAUAUCAUCUGCCUUAUUUUUUAGUCAUGAUGGAAGUAUUCUAAUAGUAUUUUAGUACAAAACUGUAUAAAGUAACUGUAAUCUGAAUAGGGGUGCUUGAAAACAUCACUAGGGCUAAAUACAGUUAAUUAAUUUUUGUGUUCUGAACAUGUAACUAGUACAGUCCAACCCUGGACAUAAGAUUAAGAAAGGUGAGCAACAACCAGAAAUUUACUGUGUGUGAUUUGUUUGUUUUUUAAGUGAGAAUCUUGACAUCAAUCACAGAUUCAUAAGCGCUAUAAGAGGAGCUUGUUUACAGUGGCCUGCACUGUUCUUAACGCUACACAACUCAAUUUCUUGAGUGAUCAUGCAAACCACCAUGAAAAACAUUUUCUAAAGGUGCUCAUAAACAUGACAGAAGUCAAGGUUUUCACAAAAAAAUUAAACCAAAAAUUAUCAUAUGCCUUCAUAAGAAUUGGAAUAUGAUGCACAAAUACCAUGGAUGUGUUUUAUGAUGCAUUUGGGUCCUUUUUAUAAGAUUUAAAGUGAGGCUUUCUUCACUGCCAUUGUACUGAAAAGAUGGACUGGGAUAUACAUUAAAACAUCUCCUUUUUUGUUCUGCAUAAGAGAGAAAGUCAUAUGGGUUUGAAACGACAUGAGGGGGAGUAAAUUAUAAUAGAAAUUUCAUUUAUUGGUGAACUAUCCCUUUGACACACUUGCAAUUGUAUACCAGUUGUCCACUGAUUAAUCCCAGUCCAUCCACCUCAAUAUAAGCUAAAGCACUUCCCAGUCUAAAACCCAAUCUACACUGCAAGUAAGUGUCUGAGCUGUGGUGCAGAAUGUGGCACAUAAGGACCUGGGUUCAAAUCCGGCCUGGGUCAUGUCCCAAUCCCCACACCCACUUCUUGCUCACUUUCUACCUCUACUGUCCUACAAAGCUAAAACUGGCCAAAAUAAAACUCAGAAAAAUGUGUGAUGUGACGGUGCAAUAAUAGACUGCUUCUGAGAAUGUUGCAAGCAACACUUGAAUUGUAGACAGCUUCAUUGAUUAUAACAGCAACAUUCUUGUUUUGUUGCAUCGUGCCAAUCGCUUGCAGUGUAGACCAGGGUGUAGGACUCAACAUUUUUCAUCAACAUCAAGGUAAAGAGAAUGAUAGACAAUGUAAAGAAGUCCAAUUCUUCAUUAACUCAAACAUAUUUCACUUUGACCCUUUUCAGAUUUGUUUUGUUUACUCAUGUUCUACGCUGCUACUUAUUGUUUUCCGGUUCACUGGAAAAUAUGAUAAGCAUUACACUCCUUAAACCAUGGCAAUGUACAGGACUCUUACGCACAAUAUUGCUUUUUUAUUACACUAACAUAGGCCUAUAAGCAAGCACCGGAGCCUCAUCUGCUAGAAUGUAUUUUUGACAUAGUGGGCCGAGAGGGAAUAAAUUGUUUUUGUACAAUAUAACUUCCUAUAUUUAAAGUGGUAGUUACCAAAAAUCUGUUAAUCUGUUUGCAAUCAUCUGCCAUCUCAUACCAGUACGUUUCACAGAGCUUCGAAAUAGUUCAUGCUUUCUUUCACAGAAUUUUCUCUGUAACAAUGAAUUCUAAACAACAUAAAAAUGUAGUUUUUUGGAGGUCUGAAAUACUAACCUGAUGUUGUAAGAUAGUGGUUUGAUGAUGGCGUUCUGAUGUUAACAGGACAAAUGUGAAAAUAGAAUUUUAGGUAGGCUAUUUUUUGAUCGUGUAGACUGGUAGAGAUCAAAUGUUUUAAAUUAAAUUACAAAGGGAAAACAA